AAUCAAUACAAUCGAAACUUGUUCGCACACUAAUUCUGCUGGACGAUGGUUAAGAAGGUCAAGAGUGGCAAAGUUGUCAAGAGUGGUCCUAAGAAGACGUCCACUAAGCCAAAGGGUAAAGUGGUGAAGGCCGUGACGGUUGUGGAUGCUGGUGAUGCCGUUGAGGACGAGUCCGAUGCUGGUGCUACUACCACCGCUGUUGCUGUCCCAAAGGCCAAGAAAGGAUCUUCUGAUGGUCUUGUAUCCAAAGAUCUCAUCGAGAAGGCUUUGAAGCAGUUGAAAUUGUUCAUUGAUCGUUCUGCAGAGGACUCGAAGGACUCUGAAAAGCAACAGCUGUUUGAAGACGAGCUCAUAUCUGAGAUUCAACUGCAACUGACCAAGCCUUCGUUGUGGAGCUCUAAGGUUGAUUUGAAGCCUCGUGUUAUUGCAUUGGAUAGAAAAGUCACCGAGCAACCGAAGAUUGCACUUUUCGUACGUGAUGGCUUGAUCGACAAGGAACUCUUGGAAAAAAUUGAGCAGAGUGAGUUGAACAAUUCGAUCUCACAGAUCAUCGCUGGCCAAGAGUUGAAAACUACUUAUAAGCCUUAUGAAAAGCGUCGUCAAUUAGUAAAGGAGUUUGACAUCUUCCUUGCAGAUGAUGCGCUGAUCACAACGUUACCAAAGUUGUUGGGGAAGGUUUUCUACGACUCAAACAGUAAAGUUCCAGUGCCAGUUAAUGUCGGAAAGAAUGGAUUCAACAUUGAAAGGGUGCAAAGAGAAGUUGCUAAGAUCGUCAACGGUAUCAUCUAUAGAUUGCCAAGAAGUGACAACUUGGUGAUCAAAUUGGGAUCUUUGGAAAACGUUAACCCUGAUAUUGUUUCUCAAGUCAUUGCAAACUUUGCCCCAGAAUCCCUCAGAGGUGUUUUCAUCAAGAGUAACAAUUCUCCAGCGUUGCCAUUGUACGAAUCCGAGAUUGCAUUCACAAAGGAUGAUCUGCCGGAAUCGAACACUGCAGUUGUCGAAACUGAGUCCCAGGAUAAUGUCUUGGAGAUUGGGGGUGAGCAAGUCAAGCUGAGUUCAUUUGAGCGUGCAUUGGUUGAGUUGGCUCAUGAUGAACAAGUUCCACAGUUAUUAGCUUCAAAGAUUAAGAAAGCAAAGAAGGCAAAGAAGGAAUCCGCAAAGAAGGAAAAAAUUGAAUCAAAGAAGUUAUUGGGUGUAAACACGGGGAAGAGUAAAGUUGUGAAGAAGAGUGCUAAGUCUAAAUCCAAGAAAUGAACAUCAACAUAGUUUCAAAUCUAAUAGUCCUGGAUGGUGCUUCACGUCGAUGUCAGAUAUGAACAUCACUAUAUAACGCAAUAGAAUAUUUUCCAAAACAGCGAUUCACUGGUCUGUUAGAGAAAUUUGAGUUACCGAACAAUCAG